AUUUAAAAACAACCCAUCACGAUUAAAAACAAAGCCAGAAUGUGGGUUUCGUUGACAUCUAGCGUCCAUAAAACUGAGUAAACAUGUCAUAGUCGAGGCUCAUUCAGAAAAGGAACGCUUUCUUGGCUUCGGUGCGUUAAUAAUGUUAAUUGUUGUGAUAAUGGGCUGUGAUGGAGAGUCUUAAGUACCUGGGCUGAUGGUGGUGAGAAAGGCCUGAGAGGAAAUGAAGGCUUUAAAGGGAAACAAAAACAAUUCCCUGAAGGUGUUAGUGAGGAAACAAUAGAAGAGUUUCACCGAAUUACAGGGAGCAGGUAUUCGUUAACAGGACUUUAUCACCUUAACUACCUGUCAGAGAGUGACAGCAGACCGACACACUCGAUGGAAGAGGUCUGAUGUGCUAAUGCUAUAUGCUAUAAGGUCUAAGAAACGCUCCUCGCUGUUGGUCCGUCAUUCAGCCACUGCUGUGUGCUGUCUACAUGCCCAAAUGUGAGAAUGGUCAGGUGGAGCUGCCCAGCAAGAGCCUGUGUAUGGCCACACGUCGGCCGUGCAGCAUCGUGGACCGGGAGAGAGGCUGGCCCAACUUCCUCAGAUGUGACGAAUUUCCUGUUGGAUGUUCGAAUGAAGUGCAGAAGCUGAAGUUUAACACUUCAGGUCAGUGUGAAGCUCCGCUGGUGAAGACGGACAUUCAGUCCAGUUGGUACAAAGACGUGGAAGGCUGCGGUAUCCAGUGUGACAACCCUCUCUUUACUGAGUCGGAGCACAACGACAUGCACAUCUACAUCGCGUACUUUGGCACCAUCACACUCCUCUGCACCUUCUUCACCCUGGCCACAUUCCUCGCAGACUGGAAGAAUUCCAACCGGUAUCCCGCUGUCAUUCUCUUCUACAUCAAUGCCUGCUUCUUUGUGGGCAGCAUUGGCUGGCUGGCCCAGUUCCUGGAUGGUGCCCGCAAAGAGAUCGUGUGCAAGAGUGACAACACAAUGCGUCUCGGGGAGCCAUCAUCUUCAGAGACGCUGUCGUGCGUCACCAUCUUCAUCAUCGUCUACUACUCCAUGAUGUCAGGUGUGAUUUGGUUUGUGAUGCUCACCUACGCCUGGCACACGUCCUUUAAAGCCCUGGGCACCACCCACCAGCCGCUGUCCGGCAAAACCUCCUAUUUCCACAUGGUGACCUGGUCCAUUCCCUUCAUCCUCACUGUGGCCAUUCUGGCUAUCGCUGAGGUGGAUGGAGACUCAGUGAGUGGCAUUUGUUUCGUGGGCUACAAAAACUACAAAUACAGGGCCGGCUUCGUCCUGGCCCCCAUUGGUGUUGUGCUGGUCGUUGGUGGUUACUUCUUGAUCCGAGGGGUCAUGACCUUGUUUUCCAUCAAGAGUAACCACCCAGGUCUACUGAGUGAGAAAGCAGCCAGCAAAAUCAAUGAGACCAUGCUGCGACUCGGUAUUUUUGGGUUUCUGGCUUUCGGAUUUGUCUUCAUCACUUUUGGCUGCCACUUCUACGACUUCUUCAGCCAGGCUGAGUGGGAGCGGAGCUUCAGAGAAUAUGUGCUGUGUGAAGCCAACGUGACAAUUGCAUCACAGACCAACAAGCCCAUCCCGGAAUGCACCAUCAAAAACCGUCCCAGCCUCUUGGUGGAAAAAAUUAACCUGUUCUCCAUGUUUGGCACCGGAAUCGCUAUGAGCACCUGGGUCUGGACCAAAGCCACUAUCCUCAUCUGGAAACGCACCUGGUGCAGGAUUAUUGGCCGGAGCGACGACGAGCCCAAAAGGAUCAAGAAGAGCAAGAUGAUCGCCAAGGCAUUCGCAAUGAGGAAAGAGCUCCACAAGGACCCUGAAAAGGAGCUGUCAUUCAGCAUGCACACUGUGUCACAUGAAGGUCCAGUGGCUGGAAUUAAUUUUGAUUUGAAUGAACCGUCCAAUGACAUGUCAUCAGCCUGGGCACAACAUGUGACUAAGAUGGUGGCGCGACGAGGUGCCAUCUUGCCCCAGGACAUUUCUGUUACACCUACCGGUACACCAGUGCCACCUCCUGAGGAGAGGAAUCGACUCUGGAUGGUGGAGGCUGAGAUUUCACCGGAGAUGAUAAAGAGGAAGAAGAAGAAAAAGAAGAGGAAAAAGGAAGUGCGUCCUCUGAACGAGGCGGUCGACCAUCAGGCGUAUGCUCAGCGGGAGUUUGGCCGCAGCUCGGUGCCUCGUCUGCCCAAACUGCCCUGCCACCCCAGCCUGGUCGCUAACCUACAGGAGCAGCAGAUGCAGGAAGAGGAAGUUCUGCCAGGAUCGUACUCGGAGUUUCAAACCUCACACCCUCUGUCCUUUGAGGAGAGAUGCCCAUACCCGCUGUACCAGGGCAGCCGGAGCAACUACGGCCGCAAUCUGCCGUCUCAUCGUUUGGCCCUCAGUGAUCGUCCAGAGGAUCUGGGUCUCGGCCCGCGCUGUCCUCCUUCAACUUCCACCUGGCACCCCACUGGAUCCUCCUACUACCCCCAGGAGGUGGAUGUUACAGGGAGGUUGGUGAAUGUGGCCCGAAUGCCAGCAGGCAGGAGGACUGGAAAUGGUCCGAUCCACUCCAGGACCAAUUUGAUGGAGGCAGAGCUUAUGGACGCAGACUCCGAUUUUUAAGAGUGCAGGAUGUCUUGGUUGUGUCACACAGACAGUAAGCUAUCAUAAAAGUGCUGGAUACUUUCAGAGUUCUUACUGAAGUGCACCUCAAUGUCCAGAGGUCAACACAGAACAGAACAGAGUUUUAAAAUGUGUUCAUCUGAUUUACAUAGUGUCAUAUAUUUCACGAAUGGAAGAGGAACGCAAUAUUAUGUAUAUAAGAAAAAGAAACAAUGACUUUUGCUCCUUUUGUUUUUGUCAUGAAA